AUGAAGGCUGCUGACCAUUCUGCGUUCGGGAGAGAUGAAGAAGCCGUGCUGCUCCUGGAGAGGAGUCAUCACCGGCACGACCCGCGCUGGCUGCUGCCGGUGUCCCCUCACGUCUGCCUGGCCUGCGCAUUGGAGCUGCUGCCGGAGCCCGGCGUGUCGGUGCGACCUAAACCCUCCCUCCCCACAAGAACCUGGCGCGGCCAUUUCCCUCACCCUCCUCAGCAAGCCAGCUCCUUUGAACCAGGCACACCUUUCCUGAAACCAAACCCAAACCUGACCCGCUUUCCCAAGGCUCGCCCUUCUCCCAGCUGCAGCGGCCAUUGCUGCCCCCUACUCUUUAGUUUCUCCUGCGGCCCUCUGCCCUACCCUCUUCGCCCUACCCUCCAGCGGGCUCUGCCCGUCGCCUACUUAGUCUCUAUCCUUAUCCAGCUCACUACUCAGCCCAAUAUGGAACAGACCAUCCAGUGCCUACUGAAUGAGUGCCACAGAGAGCUGUGUAACCUGCCCUCCAUGGGUGGCAGCCUGGCCACCACGACUCUUCUUGGCAAGCUGGUGAAUGCCAUUCCUGAUUUGGCAGAAGAUCUUGUCAUGGAGUACGAGAUGCUUUCCGGCCAUUUCCGGGAGAAGCUGUGUGCCCUCUUCCUUUCCACUCUGGACAACGCCCAGACAAGGGACCUACAGAUCAACUGCUUGGGUUUGCUAAGGCAGCUACUGAAGUACGAUCUCUUCGUGUCCGUGAUCAUGAGCAAGUCUGUGCCGGUGGAGGGUGCCGAGAGCGUCGAGCAGCCAUCGAGAGAGACCUCACUACCAUUGGUGCUCAAAAAGUUUCUCCUGUCCAGAGAUGAGGUCCUGCAGGUGGCCAGCUCCCACUGUAUAACUGCAGUGCUGGUCCAUUCCCCUGCAAAGCAUGCUGUGGCCUUCAUUUAUGCUGACAUCCCAGAGUUCCUCUUUGAGCAUCUUUCAUCUUCCAGCGAAAUCCUUGUCUGGUCCAGCUACAACUGCCUGAUACUCCUGGCAGAAGAGCCACUCUUCUUUUCAAAGUGCCACACGGUGUAUGGUUGGUAG